AUGGCUUCCUUUCAGGGGAGAUUGGAGUACGUUGUGGAAACGGACGGUGGUUCGCCGGACGCGAGGAUGAACGAGAUCGAGGUCCUCGGCGUGUCUCAGAGGCCGACCUCGGUGAUCUUGAACGAUUCGGAGGAUCUGGUGUUCGAGUACGACGAGAAUAUCGAGCAGCUCCUCAUUACUCUUGAUGUCAGCAUCAAAUCUUCCUUCACCGUCAGCAUUUCGUGA